UUCAUUACAAAAUAAGCGGCUGAGAACGCAGAAGGCAUUUUUGCCGCUGUAUAACGCGUACUUGUUCACGUGUAACAUGCAUGCGCGCCAGUAUCGCGUUCCAGAGCGGCAACAACGGCCAUUUAAGCGGCGCGGAAACGUGCAGGCGAGCGGUGCCUCCUUAAAUCUCCUAGCGGCGGGCCGCGCAUCUCGCGCAUUCCACCUUAAAAGCGCUCAACGCGAUCAACGCACGCGUACAGUAUGUUUCCGUUUUUUUUCUCCUUCUCCAGCGCGCUCGCGCCGCGGCUCGAAAGACUGCGAGCGUCACGUCGAAGGCAACACUGACGCACUUCAUCCACUCUUAUCAAGCUCGAAGCCCAUUAGGAAUAAUGUCUGAGCCGUACCGCGAAUGGAUCCUGGGCUCCAUAGACUCGCUGAGGUCGAGAAAAGCGCGACCGGACCUGGACAGAAUUUGCAGGAUGGUAAAAAGACGACACGGCUCGGAUUGGGACCGAACCCGGUCAGAACUGGAGAAACUGAUAGAGGAGCAAACGGUGCUCAAAGUCAACUAUAAAGGCUCGGUUUCGUAUCGCAACGCGGCAAAGGUGCUAAGAGGCAGGAGAAAAACCGAGCAGGGCAAGUGUGCUGUGAAACAGCCUUCUCUCGCGGACUGGAGCACCGGCGACAGCGCUCUGGGUCCCGUGGAUGAGGAUCACAUGGAGGAUAUGGAAGACGAGAUGUCCACCACCGCAGGAAUGGACAGCAGUAUGGACGAGGAGGGGGACGAGAGCAGUCUGGACGCCAUGUGCGCUCAGAGCACCGCUGACUCGGGCAUCAGCAUGAGUCCCGUCACCAGCAGCAACACCAGUCAGCCCGUUCCCUCACCCGCGUCCUCAAAGAACUCCCCUACCCAUGAUGCUCUGAGGCAGGACGCCGACAGCGCUUACACUCUACCUGAGCACAUGCAGCCAGCAGCACAGCAAGACACAGGUACCCUCGUCCCGUCGGUCGCCUUUUGGGUUAAGCCAAACUAAUCAGUUUAAAUUGAGACGAAUCCAGGCACUUCUUCUGGUCUUAAAAGAGAAGUGCAUCAGUGCGCAGAGUUUUAAUGUUUAUUGAAAUAAAGGAUUUUUAACAUUUUGGAUCAGAAGAAGGGCCUCGGACUCUUCAAACCCAGCCGGUGAGGACCUUCCGGGAUGGUCAGAUAAUCGGCGAGCAGUCUCCUAUGAACUGUCAUUUUUAAAAUGUUAAUUAAUAAUAAUUAAUUAAUGCACAUAUUAAUAUAGGAAAAUAACGUACUUGGGUGAAUAUAUUGGUGGUAUCGAGCAUUAUUAGCACAUUUUCUCCCUGGUAUACAUUGUGUUGAGUAGGGCUGCUCGAUAUUAAAGAAAAAUUGGAUAAUUUGUUAAAUAAUGUGUUAUUCGAUA